AAAAGCAAACAAACCAUUCAACCUUCUUUUGGCUAAUAAAGGAAAUAAAGCAGUAAAUGGCAUCUUACAUUGCUCAUGCUUCCUUUCUCCUGUCUACCCUUUUCACAGCACUCAUGUUAUAUCACUCCAACGCUCAACUCAGUUCUACAUUUUAUGCCACAACAUGUCCUAAUGUGUCCAGCAUUGUUCGCACUGUUCUUCAGAGUGCUCUGAAUUCCGAUCCCCGAAUUGGUGCUAGCCUCAUUCGCCUCCAUUUCCAUGAUUGUUUUGUCAACGGGUGUGAUGGUUCAAUUUUACUAGACAACAGCGCCAACAUACAGAGCGAGAAAGAUUCUGCUCCCAACACGAAUUCCACAAGAGGGUUUGAUGUUGUCGACAACAUCAAGACAGCAAUUGAAAACGCUUGUCCUGGUGCUGUUUCCUGCGCUGACAUACUCGCCCUGGCAUCAGAAGCUGCUGUUUCUUUGGCUGGAGGACCUUCAUGGAGUGUGCUCUUAGGGAGAAGGGACAGCUUGACUGCAAACCAGGCUGGUGCUAACACCUCCAUUCCCUCACCUGUUGAAGGCUUGAGCAACAUCACUGCCAAGUUCUCUGCAGUCGGUCUCAAUACUAAUGAUCUCGUGGCAUUAUCUGGUGCACAUACCUUUGGACGGGCGCAGUGUCGCUUAUUCAUCAACAGACUAUACAAUUUCAAUGGUACAGGCAACCCUGAUCCAACACUCAGUUCAUCAUACCUGAGUAACCUCCAACAGAUAUGUCCCCAAACUGGGAGUAGAUUUAAUGUUGCAAAUCUUGAUCCCACAACUCCUGAUGGUUUUGACAAUAACUACUUCAGUAACCUUCAGAACAACCAGGGCCUUCUCCAAUCUGACCAGGAGCUGUUCUCGACGACGGGUGCUGCCACCAUCUCUAUUGUCAACAGCUUCAGCAGCAACCAGACAGCUUUCUUCCAAAGCUUUGCUCAGUCAAUGAUUAAUAUGGGGAAUAUUAGUCCACUAACAGGGAGCAGUGGAGAAAUCAGAGCCAAUUGUAGGAAGGUUAAUGGCAGUUGAUUGAGCUCUGUAGCUCAAAUUCAUGGUUCUUUACCUGAUUCUGUUUGCUUGUUCUGCAUUCCCUAGCAAGGUAGAAUGAGUAUACAGGAUUUUUUUGGGCUAUGAAAGUGACUGAAUGGAAAAUUACUGGAGACAAAUACACAAUCAUAAUGGAAGAUCUGUCCCGUAGUGUUUAAUGGUUGGUGGCUGGUGUGGGGUGGUUGAUGAUUUUUAAUUGAUGAAUUUUGUUUGAUUAAUUCAUAGACAAAUACUUGUCCAUAAAAAAAAAUUCAUUGACAAAUGUACUUCGUAUUUGUUUUCCAUUUUUAUGUUAAAAAAAAGAAUCAUACAUUUACCACAAAAUUCUUACUGUAGUUCAAAAGUUACACGGUUAUGGACUCAGCUUUUGACAAUAAACAAAGCACUUUUGC